ACAUGUGGUUUUAGAUUUUCUUUCAAGUACUUAUAUUUUACUAUUGCUUACGAAAAGGAACCUGCAUUUUUCUCCAAAAAGCAGGCCGGCCAAGUUGUUUCGCUCCCGUGUGCUUUGAAAUGUUCUGUUCAUAUUGAAUUUUUGAUGAAUUUUAGUUUCUUCCAUCAAUCAUCAUACCAUUAGUUGAAUUAGAGUCAUGGGAAGUUCUGGGGAGUGCAGAGCUAAACCCAUUGACGUUCCGGCGAGCGGGUUGGUUUGGGUCCGCCGGCGAAAUGGACAGUGGUGGCCGGGCCAAAUUUUGUGCCCGGAAGAGUUGCCCGAGAGAAGUUCGGUUUCUGGGAGAUCUGGAACUCCAGUUAAACUCCUUGGAUUAAAGGAUACAUGUAUAGACUGGCAUAAUCUUGAGAACUCUAAGCGAGUUAGGGCUUUUCGUUGUGGGGAGUAUGAUAAGUGCAUUGAGAAAGCUUUGUUAGUUGCAGCUAGUGGUUCUAGGAAGGCAGUGAAAUAUAACCGCAGAGAAGAUGCCAUUCUUCAUGCUCUUGAGAUUGAAAGAAGUUUCCUUGGAAAAGCUAAUCCCAGUUUUUCUUUGGGAUUAGAUAAGCAAAAUGGAGGGCAAAAUCUUAUUGGAGAGUUACCUGCUUCGUCCCGAGAAGGAAUUGAAAAUGUGAAUGGGGAUUAUAGUAGCUCUGAAGAUAAUUCACGUUCAAAACCUAAAUUAUCGCACUCUAGUGUAUCCUUUGAGGGGACAAAUUGUAGGGUGCGGGGGCAGCAAAAGACCCCAAAUGAUUCGGAAGAUGAUGGAAUCGAAGGCACUCAACGUAUGAAAGGUCUUGAUGACCUGGGGAUGGGGGUGGUGCAAUCGGUGAAAAGAAAGAGAUCUCAGGUGGUGCGCAUUAAUGAGUGUCUGAAAAAGAAAAGCCGCUGUCGUCCCUUGACAAAGGUUUUGCAGAGUACAGCCAUGUUAUCGGUUCCUAUUAUGUGUGAAGAAGUUCCUAGUCCUAUUGGAGCAGCUCUUGACAAAGCCCUCGAUGGCAAGGCGAUGGUAAUUAAUAAUAAAUCAAACAGUGCAGGCGCAUUAUGUGAAAAUGGAACAUCAUCUAAUGCAUCUGGGGACUCUUGUGGUAAAUGCAAGCAGGAGAAUGAGAUAUCAGAAACUUUGGAGUUUGCUGAGAGUGGUUAUUCAAGGAGGUUGUUUGAUGUUCCUUUCUUUGCGGAAGGCUCAUCCCCAAUUGUACCCUGUGCUUCUCAGAAAGGUGAGUUCAGUGCUGGAGCACCAUCUAGCGAAAGUGGUCAAGUUGAAACCAUGUCUUGUGGAAGUGGUGAGCAUAAUGAGUCGGGUUGUACAAAUUUAGGUAAUGCAGAUAUCCUUGAUAGUGGACCGAGGAUGGGGAAGGAGACUUCGAAGUGGCAAUCAAAAGGAAAAAGAAACUUUCGGACGGGUAACUUCAUAGAUUGGAGCAGGAAUAGCCCUCACAAAGAAUCUCAAAUGAAGGGACCAACUGCUGAUUUGCCUAUUCCACGAAGGUCACUGCCUUAUCGCCUGUCUCGUUUUGUGGUUAACCCUAAGUAUGAAUCACCCGAUUUCUCUCUUAGGCACCACGUUAUUGCUGAUUCUUCAUUGACUGAUGUUAAAGUGGAGGUCAAGUCCUGCUACCGCACACGCCAUAUCCCUUACAUUUCAUUAAUGAGCAAAUUAAACGGCCAGCCUAUCACGGGUCACCGGCUUGCUGUUGAAGUUUUAGACGAUGGCUUCUGUGAUCAACUGCUCGUGAGCGCUAGCAACUGUCACGACUUGGAUGAUGAUUCUGCUCCAAAAGGUGUCGAUAUGGUCAACAAAACGAAACUAAGUUUUGGUGGUAGGCUUCAACCUCGCGCCUCAUCAACUAAGUCAUCAAAAUCAAAGAAAGAAAGCAUGCUCUCGAAGAAGGUUCGUAGGUUGUCUUCAUUGACUGGUCCUCGCAAGCAAAAUCGAGAGAAGAACCCCACAGUACAACAGCUUAGAGGCCCCACAAUAGCAUGCGUUCCUUUGAAAGUGGUGUUCAGUAGAAUUAAAGCUGCGCUUAACAGUUCAAUACGACCAGCCCACCGCCUUAUCGCACCCAGCAUUGGUUGAAUCUUCUUUCUUGGAUUGAGCUUAGGUUUUGUGUGAAAGUUUGGUUUGUAGGUGGCUUAGUAUAGUAUACCUGUUUCAAAUGAAACAUGGAGCUCUGUCCAGGUUGGGCUGCUUUUGCAGUGUACAUAAAAUUUAAGGUUAGGUACUUAGCUGAAGGUGUAAAGAACAGUGGAUUUGAUGUUGGGUUUUGGUGAUGUUUUAACAACUCUGAUGUUCUUUAGUUUUUGGAACUGAGUUUAUAUUUGCUUUCCCCUUCUCCAUUAUGUGGCCCUUUAGAACUAUUGCAAA